UAUUUCACGCAUUCACCGUCAUGUGAAGGGGGCGCGUUGUUAUGUAUCAGGGACCCUCCUCCCAUCUUCACGGUCCUCGGCGAUUAGUCUAUGGGAAAGCGGCCGCUCCCUGCAGCGGCUUCGGCGGGAUAGUGUCAGUCCUCACCGCGGUGCCCUGUUUAUCGUGCAAGCCCCAUCUGUCAGACAGGAGGAUGAGCGACCCGGUUAAAAGCGUCGCUUCUAGUACGGCACCAACUGCACCAGCAGGGGCCCCAGCCCCGGGAUCUGACACUUACAAAGGCUGGCUUUUUAAAUGGACAAACUACAUAAAGGGUUACCAGCGCCGAUGGUUCGUUCUAAGCAACGGCCUGCUAUCAUAUUACAGGACGCAGGCUGAGAUGGCCCACACUUGUCGAGGCACCAUUAACCUGGCCAUGGCUCACAUCGACACGGAGGACUCAUGCAACAUCGUGCUGACCAGCGGGGGCCGCUCCUACCACCUGAAGGCAAGUUCGGAGGUGGAAAGGCAGAGAUGGGUCACCGCCCUGGAGUUAGCAAAGGCAAAAGCCAUUGGAAUGAUGCACGAACAGUCAGAUGACUCAGGGGACGAGGAGUCCACCUCUCAGUCAGAUAAGAGUGAGAUCCACAGCACCCUGAAAACCCUCUCCAGCAAGCUCGAGGAUCUGAGCACCUGCAACGACCUCAUCGGCAAGCAUGGGGCAGCCCUGCAAAGAUCCCUGAGCGAGCUGGAGAACCUGAAGAUCCCUGCCGAGAGUGGAGACAAGAUCAAAUCUGUCCACGAGAGAGCCACCCUCUUUAGGAUCACCUCCAAUGCUAUGAUCAAUGCAUGCCGUGAUUUCCUGGAGCUAGCAGAGACCCACAGUCGGAAAUGGCAGCGAGCUCUGCAGUAUGAGCGUGAGCAGAGGAUCCGUCUGGAAGAGACCAUCGAGCAACUAGCCAAGCAGCACAACAGCCUGGAGCGAGCCUGCAGGCAAGCGCCUGCUCUGACCAACACCCCAGCCGUCUCCAGCACUGCCACAGGGUGUGUGCGACCUUUGAAAGGGGAAGCGAGUGACGAAGAUGAAGAGACUGAGUACUUUGAUGCCAUGGAGGAUGCACCAGCCUUUAUCACAGUAGCAGCGGACCACAAACAGCACAGACAUUUAGGGAGCAAUCAAAGUGGGGCCAGUGGAGGACAGCCCAACGAUUGGAACCUGGAGGAUCAUGUGUUAGAUUGUCAGCACCAGGCUGGCUGUAAUGAAUCAGCUGGGAGGGAAGUCAUGCCGAGGAAGAAGAGGCGGACCCGCAUCCCUGACAAGCCUAACUACAGCCUGAACCUGUGGAGCAUCAUGAAGAACUGCAUCGGCAAGGAGCUCUCCAAGAUCCCCAUGCCUGUGAAUUUCAAUGAGCCGCUGUCCAUGCUCCAGAGGCUGACAGAAGACCUGGAGUACCACGACUUGCUGGACAAGGCUGCCAAGUGUGAGAGCAGCAUGGAGCAGAUGUGCUACGUGGCUGCGUUCUCUGUGUCCUCCUACUCCACGACGGUGCACCGCACAGCCAAGCCCUUCAACCCCCUGCUGGGGGAGACCUACGAGCUGGACCGGCUGGAGGAGCAGGGCUACCGCUCCCUGUGUGAGCAGGUGAGCCACCACCCGCCCGCGGCAGCUCACCACGUGUACUCAAAGAGAGGCUGGACGCUGCGACAGGAGAUCACCAUCGCCAGCAAGUUCCGUGGGAAAUACCUCUCCAUCAUGCCACUGGGUGCCAUUCAUUUGCAGUUCCACUCCAGCGGAAAUCAUUACGUUUGGAGGAAAGUCACCUCUACCGUGCACAACAUCAUCGUGGGCAAGCUCUGGAUCGAUCAGUCGGGGGAUAUAGAUGUGGUUAAUCAUAAAACCAAGGAAACCUGCCAGCUCAAGUUCUCGCCCUACAGCUACUUCUCCAGGGACGUCGCCAGAAAGGUAACAGGUGUGGUGACGGACGGAGAGGCGAAGGCGCACUACAUCCUCUCAGGCACGUGGGAUGAUAAGCUGGAGUAUUCAAAAAUCGUGCAGAGCAGCCGAGGGAACAGCGGAUCCGAGGGCAAGCAGAAGACAGUGUACCAGACCCUGCCGUCCAAACUGCUCUGGGAGAAAUACCCACUCCCGGAGAAUGCGGAGAACAUGUACCACUUCUCCGAGCUGGCUCUCACCCUGAACGAGCCCGAGGAGGGGGUGUGUCCGACGGACAGCAGGCGGCGGCCGGACCAGCGGCUCAUGGAGAACGGGCGCUGGGACGAAGCCAACGUGGAGAAGCAGCGUCUGGAGGAGAAGCAGAGAGCCGUGAGGCGCCGGAGAGAGGCAGAGGCUGUGGAGGCUCAGGAUGAUGAGUCUGAAUAUGACUCGGGCAAAGAAUACGAAGGCUAUCAGCCACUAUGGUUUGAGAAGAAGGUGGACCCCAUAUCUCGGGAGACUGCAUUCGUGUAUAAGGGGGGUUACUGGGAGGCAAAAGAGAAAAAGGAUUGGAAGAAGUGCCCUGAUAUAUUCUGAGGAAACACAGAGGCUGAUGGACCUCGGAAACCUCUAAUUCAGCAAUAGAAAAGAGAAAAAGAGUGGGGAAAUGCAUAUAAAUAUACUAUAUAUAUAUAUAUAUAUAUAUAUAUAUAUAUAUAUAUAUAUAUAUAUAUAUAUAUAGUCCGGAGACAGAAGCAAGCCAGACUGCACUGGAGCCCAAACUACUCACACCUGCCAGACUGCCAAGCAGAGUAACAACUGCUUGUUGCGACUACAGCAGUGAUCUACAAUGUGUAACCCUCUGAAAGAAACACAGGCUGAGAAAAGAGAGAAAAACAGUGUUGGCAUUUGAUAGCAAUCCAGUGACAGCAGUGACACAUAAACACAAGUGUAAUGUCAAUUAGAGAAUUUCUGGUGUCGCAGGGUGUGCUUCAAAUAAUACAGCCUCUGAGCUUUUUUAAGUGAUCAUUUCUAACACUAAACAUUUUCUUUUUUAAUAAUACAGGUUUGAAAGGUGGUCUUAAAGAGCUUAUUUAGAUUCGCUUUGUAUACCAUUGUCUGUUUGUCGAUACAUCCAGGUGACUUUUUAAAUCACCCCCUGUGAAACCAAUAGAGCUCUCAAACAUGUCUUAUCUCGAAGUACAGCUCGUACACCAGAGUGUAACCAUUAACCUGUCCCCCCUGCAACACUCCCAGUGGGUUUAAUGAAGUGGCUUAAAUGCGGCAUAUAUUAUAUCCACUGGUGGCAGUGUUGCACAGAAACCAGGUUAAUGGUAACAUUUUGAGAUUAGUUUUCUAAGAGCUCUGUUGAAGCUGCAGUGAUGAUUUUAAAAGAGUUUUAAAAAGUAACCAUGAUGUGAUAAGUGAAAAUGAUACACAAAGUGAUUCUAAACAACAACAAUAAUACAGAUGUUGAUCAUUGUAAUAUUUAGUGGACUGUUCCAGAUAACAAUGAAUUAUCUAAAGGUUGUGUAUGCUAUUACACAAACUGUAUCAAAUGGUCAUAUAAAAGAAAGAAUGGGUCAUUAAUUCAAAAUUGUAAUACUAUGACAGGAUGAAGCAGUAAAUGAAAUAUGAUUUGUGAAUUGUAUGUAAAGGCCACAUACAAGAUCUAGUUGUAUCAAGAAUGUUACUCUGCUGUCCUGCUGUGUCAUGACACUGCUAAUAAACAAAUGCCACCAGUGUA